AUCUCCCAGCCGCUGCGCCCCAAGGAGGCGCGGAGAGGCGCGGCCGCCGCUGAGCAGCCCGCUACGCCGGGGGCCGGCGCAGCCUCAGCCAAGAGCGCAGAGCGCCCAGCCCUGUCACCCCUUGCUCCAGGCAGGGGCGCCUGCUCGGACUUCGGCUGCUGGGGGUGCGGGGGCUCGGCGGGGAACGCGUCGGCAGCCCUCGCCCUGCUCGUGGCAUUGGCGGCUGGAGCCUUGGCCGCCUCCUGUGUGCCCUCGCCACCCCGCGCGACCCCAGGAUUUCGAACUCUUGUCCCUGACCUGCUGGGCGGAGCUCCGCGCUCCUGCCCUCGGCCCGGAUGGGUCUCCUGGUUGGGACUCGGGCCACCUGGAGUUAAUGUCCAACUGGGGGUCUACCGAGACGGGAUCCGAGGUGCCGCUGCCGGACGGGACUCUAAGAUGAAGUUAUGGGAUGUCGUGGCUGUCUGCCUGGUGCUGCUCCACACCGCGUCCGCCUUCCCGCUGCCCGCCGGUAAGAGGCCUCCCGAGGCGCCCGCUGAAGACCGCUCCCUCGGCCGCCGCCGCGCGCCCCUGGCGCUGAGCAGUGACUCAAAUAUGCCAGAAGAUUAUCACGAUCAGUUUGAUGAUGUCAUGGAUUUUAUUCAAGCCACCAUUAAAAGACUGAAAAGGUCACCAGAUAAACAAAUGGCAGUGCUUCCUAGAAGAGAGCGGAAUCGGCAAGCUGCAGCUGCCAACCCAGAGAAUUCCAGAGGAAAAGGUCGAAGAGGCCAGAGGGGCAAAAAUCGGGGCUGUGUCUUGACAGCAAUACAUUUAAAUGUCACUGACUUGGGUUUGGGCUAUGAAACCAAGGAAGAACUGAUUUUUCGGUACUGCAGUGGCUCUUGCGAUGCAGCUGAGACAAUGUAUGACAAAAUACUAAAAAACUUAUCCAGAAGUAGAAGGCUAGUGAGUGACAAAGUAGGGCAGGCCUGUUGCAGACCCAUUGCCUUUGAUGACGACUUGUCAUUUUUAGAUGAUAACCUGGUUUACCAUAUUCUAAGAAAGCAUUCCGCUAAAAGGUGUGGAUGUAUCUGACUCCAGCUCCAGAGACUGCUGUGUAUUGCAUUCCUGCUACAGUGCAAAGAAAGGGACCAAGGUUCCCAGGAAAUGUUUGCCCGGAAGGGAAGAUGAGGACCAAGGAGGCAGAGGCGGAGGAGGCAGAGAGGAAGAAGAAGGCAGCCAUCAUGGGAGCCUGGUAGAGGGAGGUCCAGCUGUACCGAACUGGAUGGGCAAGAGAAAACAGCCAUCUGGGUUCUCCAGGACAGCAGCGAUGUCACCAGAAGCUCAGGGCUGGUGUCCCUGGUUGGCUGUUGUCAUCAUUUCUGAUACAGUCCACUGUCACCAACCACAAUUGCAGUCGCGGAUGCACUCAAAGAACCAAACCAGUGUAUCUCCUGUGGUUCGUUCUCACGUGUCUGAGGACACCAGGGAAACAGUGAGCUCGGUGUCACUCUUUGUCAUUACAUUCUACUGCUGAAAGUAAGAAUGGUUUAUUUUUCUGUCACUCAAUGGAUUCAUAUCCUGGAAAGGAGGGUGGGGAAAAACAGCGGAGACACAACCUAAAAGCCGAGGCCUGAGGUUGACUACAACCAGCGUUUAGGGGAAUGAUUGAAGAUUAAUUUUGAACAUGAUAUGUGGGGUAGGAAGAAGUUGGCUAGGAGCCAAAAACCAAACCCCAAAAAAGCUGUCUUCAUGAUGAAAAACAAACCUGAAGGUAUUUCCUUUAUGUCCUCAGAAACAGGAAGCGAUUGUGGUUUUCGACAGCAUUCUCCUAGGAGAGCAAGCAGAGAAGGUCCCAGCUGCCCCGGGCCAGGGAGACCCACCCCAGGGCCUUCGGUUUACAGAGACAGAUGUUACAUACCCAGCUCCGUUGAUGCAUGGUCACCAGUGACCAGAGAAGCUACUCGAUGCAAUGCAUCUAUUUCAGAUACAGAAAUAUAGAGAAGAUAUUUAUUGAGAUUUAAGUUAUUGUUAUUUAUUACCAUUCACUAAUGAAUUUCUCUUUUUUCCCCCUUAUUUAUUAAAGUUUCUUUUCAA